AGCUCCUGAAGGAGAGGUGGAGGUACUGACGUUGAAGAUUUGGAGAGGGAGUCCUGACUGCUGGCUGAAGGUACAGCAGCAUUUCCCGAGCAUCAGCAAAGAGAGGAGGAUGGAAGCAAGACCCUGAAACCCAACCGGGGAGAGACAAUCAAACAGAGAAAGAGAAAGAGAGAGAGAGAGAACAUUAAAACCACAUAACGCUUGGCAAGACAACUUUCCCCCUGCACGCCAGACAGGUUUACACACAUUGCAUUCAAGUAACUAACCAUGGAGAAGAAGUCUUCCUAUCUGGACAAUAUGGUUGGGGUGAGCGACAUGGUGCUGUUAGACCCCCUCACUGAUGAAUCUUUACUUUCUAACCUCAAGAAAAGAUACAAUAACAAUGAUAUUUACACUUACAUUGGGAGUGUGGUUAUUUCAAUCAAUCCCUAUAUGAUGCUACCUAUCUACAGCCUGGAGAAGAUCAAUGAGUACCGCAACUGUAACCUGUACGAGUUGAGUCCUCACAUCUAUGCCAUUGCAGACGAAGCAUACAGAUCACUCCGAGAUAGGGACAAGGACCAAUGUGUUCUCAUCACUGGCGAGAGUGGAUCGGGAAAGACAGAGGCCAGUAAACUUGUGAUGUCCUAUAUUGCCGCAGUAUGUGGCAAAGGAGAAGAGGUUAAUCAAGUCAAGGAGCAGCUUUUGCAGUCAAACCCUGUCCUGGAAGCAUUCGGCAAUGCCAAGACUCUGCGGAAUGACAACUCUUCUAGAUUUGGAAAAUACAUGGAUAUUGAGUUUGAUUUCAAGGGCGAUCCAUUGGGUGGUGUCAUCAGUAACUAUCUUCUAGAGAAAUCUCGUGUUGUCAAACGUCUGAAAGGAGAAAGAAAUUUUCAUAUCUUCUACCAGCUGUUGGCUGGAGGAUCCCCUGAUCUUCUCAAGCAUCUGAAGGUGCUAUCAGAUUGCAAUCUUUACACCUACCUGAAAACGGACACCACAACUUUGAACGGAAUCAACGAUGCUACCAAUUUCACUGCAGUUAAAACUGCCAUGGAGGUCAUCGGAUUCAGUAAUACUGAAGUGAACUCCAUUAUGGACGCUGUUGCAGUCGUACUUAAACUUGGCAACAUCACGCUGAAGUCAGAACAUCAGACAACUGGCAUGGAAUGUUGCUACAUUGACGAUACAAAAGUACUGGGUGAAAUCUGCAGUUUGAUUGGUCUGAAUCCAUCAAUUCUCAACCAAGCGCUGUGCUCACGCACUGUGGAAGCCAAAGGCGAUAAAGUGAUGACAACAUUAUCUAUUGCUCAGGGUUACUAUGCACGUGAUGCUUUGGCUAAAAACCUCUAUAACCGCUUGUUUAACUGGUUGGUGAACCGAAUUAAUGAAAGUAUCCAGGUGAAAGGCAAGAUCCAGAAGAAAGUGAUGGGAGUGUUGGACAUAUAUGGAUUUGAGAUUUUGGAGGACAAUAGUUUCGAGCAGUUUGUGAUAAACUACUGUAAUGAGAAGCUGCAGCAGAUCUUCAUUGAAUUGACAUUAAAAGAGGAGCAGGAAGAGUACAUACGAGAGGGGAUCGAAUGGAUGCAGAUUGAAUACUUUGACAAUGCCAUCAUCUGUGACCUGAUCGAAAAUGGUAAGAAAGGCAUUCUGGCAAUGUUGGAUGAAGAAUGUCUCCGGCCAGGUCUCAUCACUGAAAUUACUUUCCUCAAGAAAUUAAACCAGGUCUUUUCUGGCCAUCAGCAUUUCGAGAGCAAGCAGACGAUGAAUUCCAAGUUCAUCACUGACAUGACACUGACUGAGAGCUGCUUCCGUGUACAACACUAUGCAGGAAAGGUAACAUACAAUGUUACGGAGUUCAUAGACAAGAACAAUGACCUCUUGUACCGUGACCUGUCCAAGGCCAUGUGGCAGGCCAAGCACAAGCUCAUCAAGUCCCUUUUCUCUGAAGGGAACCCAAAAGAGACAUUGCUGAAGAGGCCACCCACUGCUGGCUUCCAGUUCAAGGCAUCUGUAGGGGUCCUCAUGAAGAAUCUUCUGGCUAAGAACCCAAACUACAUCAGAUGCAUAAAACCCAACGACACCAAGUCCCCAAACAAGUUUGUGGAUCAGCUGGUGCAGAUACAGGUCCGGUACCUGGGCCUGAUGGAGAAUGUGCGGGUGCGAAGGGCAGGCUAUGCAUAUCGACACUCCUACAAGCCCUGCCUGCAGCGGUACAAGAUGCUUUGCAAACAGACAUGGCCGAAUUGGAAGGGGAAUGACCGCGAUGGUGUGAGAGCCCUUUUGACAGAGUUAAAUAUACCCCGAGAGGAAUAUGCAUUUGGACAGACAAAGAUCUUUAUCAAAAAUCCACGAACACUCUUUGACCUGGAAGAUCGACGACGCAUUCAGAUAGGAUUCCUGGCUACCUUGAUUCAGAAAACAUACCGUGGCUGGAAAUGCCGGACCCACUUCCUCUUGAUGAAGAAAAGUCAGAUUGUGAUCUCGGCCUGCUUCAGGGGACAUAAUCAACAAAAGAAAUACAAAAGAUUGAAGCAAGCCAUCAUCGUCCUUCAGGCCUGCACCAGGGGCUGGAAGGUUCGGAAAACCCAGAGAGAUCUCAGGCAGGAGAAGCGGCGUGCCGAAGCUGCCUCUCUCAUUGCAGCUUAUUGGCAUGGUUACCAGGUACGAAAAAGCCAUAGGAAGUACUUCAAAAGUAAUGCUUCAAAGACAAUCCGUAACUUCAUCAUGUCUUCAAUUAUACAAAAAUACUUUCUUGGCCUAAAGAAGUCACUACCCUCAAUGUCUCCAACAGAUAAGAAGUGGCCAGCACUGCCUUAUCUCUUCUUGGAAAAAACUGACCAGCAACUGAAGAAGAUUUAUUACCUCUGGAAGUGCAAGAAAUACAGGGAGGGAAUCUCAAACCAGAGGAAAGCAGAAUUAGAAGAGAAGUUGUAUGCCAGUGAACUCUUCAAGGAUAAGAAAGCCUCAUAUGCCUCCAGUGUGCCUGAGCCCUUCAAAGGACAGUAUUUGGAUGCUCAGAAAAAGGCCAAAUACCAGAAAUUAGCCAAUGGCAUGGAGGGGAAGUUACUUAUGAUGGACACGGCCAUGAAAAUUAACAGAAAGAAUGGAAAGCAUUCUCCAAGAAUUGUGAUGAUGACAAACAACUACUUCGCCCUGGCUGAUGUAAAAUCUGCUCAAAUUAAAACCCUGAUCAAAAUGAAUGAGAUCAAAGGCAUCUCCAUGAGUGCGCGCAGAGACGGACUAUUUGCACUACAUAUAGUGGAGAACUCCUCUGUUGGAGUCAAGGGAGACUUCCUCUUAAACAGUGACCACCUAGUGGAGCUCACCACCAAACUGCAUCGCUCAAUAUUGGACACAACCCAAGAGAGGAUAAACCUUGAGAUACAGGAUGAACUUUCUCUCAAGUUCAAUAAAAGCACAGUCUCUGUAAAGUUUGUAAAAACAACAGGGAAAAAUGGAAAUAUUCCAGUGUGCAAGAAGAAAAACAGUCACCUACUCGAGGUCCAGGUUCCUUAACUGCGGGGCUUCAACAUCCAUCUUUACUGAGAAUUGUGGAAACUCUGACCCGAGGCCUCAAAGCAACAGCAGUUUAGUUUUGAAACAAACAGCAACUUCUGAUUAAUCUUCAUUCACCAAUUGUUCUGGGCAAUAUGUACAUUAAUUCAUGUGGGAAUCAGAGAAGAAAAAUUCUGCAGCACUGGUCGUCUAGAUUUUGCCAUGUGUGCUCCCAGCUUGUGAGCAGGACUAGAGUAGCAGAGCUUUUAAUCCUCAAACGCUUGGCAAUAGAAAAGUACAGCACAGUACAGGCCCUUCGGCCCACGAUGUUGUGCCCUAGAAUAAUUCUAAUCCAAAAACAAAAUAACCUAACCUACAUUCCCCUCAAUUCACUGCUGUCCAUGUGCAUGUCCAGCAGUCGCUUAAAUGUCACUAAUGACUCCGCUUCCAUGACUACCACUGGCAAACUAUUCCAUACGCUCACAACUCUCUGGGUGAAGAACCUCCCUCUGACGUCUCCUCUAUACCUUCCUCCUAACACCUUAAAACUAUGACCCCUCGUGGCAGUCAAUCCUGUCCUGGGGAAAACUCUCUGGCAUCGAUCAUUGUAAAUAUUGUAGAUUCUUCUGUGUAGAUCAAUUUAAAUCAUGUCAGCCAAUAAGAUAAUCCUUCCCUGUUAUAACUGAUCAUGGGAAGUGCUGUAUAUUUCUGUACUCCUCUUAUGACAAUUAAUGCUUAUGCUGAGCACUAUUUUGCCAUGUUAUUAUGGGAUCACAUCAAAUGGGAUUUUCUCUCAUUGGGAUGUUGGAAAUUAAAAGAAACAAAAUUAUUUAUCUCUGAUAACUGGGAACUGAUUUUUGACAGAUUUGGCUAAAAUGAUCAGAUCUUCCCUACUGUAACGGUGAACAUCCAAUACAGGUAAUGUUCUGAAACUCUACACAUACAAAGUUCCUUACUGAGUUACACUUCAAAAUAUUUUACACAAGCACUUAGAAUUUUAGUUGUCUCCUCCACUAAUUCCGACUGGAAAAUCAUGGUAUUUGUACUGUUGACCCAACUGGGAUUGAUGUGAGUGGGCUAUUAGGCUCUAGUGAUCAUCAUAACCAAAUCAAACAUUGCCCUUGCUUUACCAAACUACCUGCAUACUUUUCAGGGAGGUCGGAGUCCAACGAUAGUAUCCAGCUGAGAUAACUUCUUUGAUUUCAUUAACAGGCCAGAUCAGAAGCCUGGUAGCAGCCAUCUUUCCCUCAGCACUUGCAGGAGCUUCCCAGCAAGACCUGCUGGAUUUGUGAGCAACUGGCUGAUACUUUUUCCUCAUACGCCCUAAAACAUCUUAGAGCUUUGUGAUACACCCAUUUUUGACUAUUAAUAGAACACACCAGGUGUAAAAUGGGCAUUGCACUUCACUCAAUCUCAUCUCAGCUAUUUCCUCAGAAAACAGGACGAGCAUCAGACGAAAUACAGUGCAUUAGAAUAUGGCUUCUCUCAACAUCAUUGAACUUGGAAAAAUCAGCAAGAGCUUCUAGCCUAUCUUGCAAGCUACUGCCAUGUGAAUUCAACUCACUUCUAUAAGUUAAGAGUGACCAGACUGUGCAAAAGUGCCCAUUUAGCAGGGAUUUUAAAAAAAAAGUGUAGGCCAAAACUAGGCAGUACUCACUUUUCCAAUAUAAAAAAGCUGCAUAUUAUAGUAGAAUUUACAUUAUAAAUGGAAAAUACCACACAGAGCAGCCAUUAGAUUAGCAAAAACAAAUUUGAGGUUAUUCUCUCACUGACGUUUGGCAAGGCAUAUGCAAAGUUGCUGCAGGUGACUCACACAAGUAGAGUUAAGUGAGCAGAUUUUGCUCACUUGUACCUGUUCCACACUUAAACUAUAGCAAGUUCAGAAGUUUCAUGGUUUUUAACUGAAACACCCUAGAAUUUCAAACUUGCCAAGAUUAGACCAGAUUUUUAAGGCCUUACAAUCUCGAGACCAUUCGCACUAAUAAAGACCAUUCACACUUCAUUCAACUCUCAUUCCAAAAGAGAACAGAUGAAAAUGAUGACUCUACUGCAUAAAUAGGAAAUAAUACCUGCUACAAAUUUUAAUUUUAAGUUGAAAAUAUAAUACUGCAACACCUUGUACAUUUAUUUUUGGAUUAUGCUGUAAAAAUCACUUGUAAUUACAAAUCAAAUACGAAGAUGUUCAGGUUCUUUUAAUAUCACAAUAAAAUUUGAAAAUAAAGCACCAUGCUCGUGGAAUAAUCCAAUUUCCAUCUUACAAGUUAGUUACCAUGCAAGGCUUUGAUCAAAGUAUCUCUUUAACUAAUCAGUUGGAGACAACAGUCUUAGCACUUUCAGAUCGCAAGUUAAUGACCACUGAGUAAAGCCAGCUAAU